UUGAGAAGAGAGUUAUUAGAUUACAAAUUAAUAACAAAUAUGAAUUCCAUCAACAACUUUUAUGGAGACGAGAACUUAUCAGAUGAACUUCUGAGUGAAGAUGUCGUAUCUUGUGAAGUAAGAGGAUCAGAAAAGAUCUUGCAUAACAUGGGGAGAAAGUCUCUCAGUAAUAAGAAGCCUUUAAGCGGAGUGGAGUUGGACUGAGAGCCUCAAGAGAGUCUGAAUAAUAUUUCCAAGGAUAAAAUUUGUUCACAAGGAAGAUCUAUCUUUAGGCAGAAGAAGUCAAAGUCUUGUGAUCAAGUAGAAGAGCCUCUUAGUAGUCUUAAAGAUAACAUGAGUCACUUUAAUGGCAUAGACUUGCACGCUAGUAAGCCUCUAAAAUCAGAGAUUAGCAAUCUUUUUGGGUACUCAACUCAGCCCAAAAGCAAACCUGGGAACGAUUCUCACGCCAAAGAGCUUGCUUUUGAAGACUGAUACGUUAUCACGAUGAAAGAUGUUGAGGCUUUGUAGCCAAACAGACUAAUAAUUCAUAUCUAAUUAACUUUUCAACACUU